CAACAGAAAGACAGGUGACAGUUGUGUGAUGCGGGUGCGCCUCGCCGAGAAUUAGCAACUUUGCUUGAAGUAAAUAUUUUCAUACACACCUCUGAUUGAGUGGAGCUUGACACUUCAACACGAUAGGAAAAUAAAGAAACCAGCAAUGGAGUCACUGACUACUGCAAACACCAACUUCUCCCUGGAUCUGUUUAAGAAGAUAAGUGAGAGUAAUAAAUCGGACAACAUCUUCUACUCUCCACUCAGCAUCUCCUCAGCUCUGGCCAUGGUGUACAUGGGCGCCCGGGGGAACACAGCUACACAGAUAGCUGAGUCUCUCCACUUUCACGAGGCUGAUGACAUUCAUGCUGGAUUAAAAAAACUGAUGUCUGAACUCAACAAAGAGGGUGCCCCGUAUGCACUGAGCUUGGCAAAUCGCCUGUAUGGGGAGCAGUCUUAUGAGUUUCUGGAGAAAUACAUUCAGGACACAGAGGAGUUCUAUCAGGCAGGGCUGGAGACCGUUGACUUCAAAUCAAAAGCAGAGGAUGCCAGGGUGAAGAUUAACAGCUGGGUGGAGAAGCAGACUAAAGAGAAAAUCAAGAACCUGCUGUCAAAAGGGACUGUUGACAAUAUGACCAGACUGGUGUUGGUGAAUGCUAUAUAUUUUAAGGGUAACUGGAACAGCCAAUUCAAAGGGGCAGACACAAAGGAACUGCCAUUCAAAUUGAAUAAGAAUGAAAGUAAGCCAGUGCAGAUGAUGCACCAGAAGGCCAACUUUGGUUUGACGUUCAUUCCAGAAGUCAGUUGUCAGAUUCUGGAGAUGCCUUACAUUGGUAAAGAGCUGAGCAUGCUCUUUAUUCUGCCCAGAGAGAUUGAGGAUGACUCCACAGGGCUUGAGAGGUUGGAAAGGGAGCUCACGUGCAAGAAGCUCAUUAAGUGGACACAGCCUGAAAAUAUGGAUACUCCUGAGGUAAAUGUGGCUCUGCCCAAGUUCAAGAUGGAAGAGAGCUAUGACCUGAGAGAAGUUCUGGUCAGUAUGGGCAUGAAGGAUGCCUUCGAUGUGUCCAAAAGCGACUUCUCUGGCAUGUCUCCCAGCGGCGACCUGGUGGUGUCCAAAGUGGUGCACAAGGCAUUUGUGGAGGUGAACGAGGAGGGCACAGAGGCUGCUGCUGCCACUGCUGCCAUCAUGAUGGGCCGAUCUGCCAGGCCCCCUCCAAUUAUGUUCAUCGCAGAUCAUCCCUUCCUGUUCUUCAUCAGACACAACCCCAGUCAGAGCAUCCUCUUCUAUGGCCGUUUCUGUUCCCCUUCUAAACUGGAGUCUAAAGAAACAAAGUCUCUCCUUGAAAUGCUUCAACAAUGCCGAAUGUUUUAAAAGAAUGUAAUCCUGUUUUUUGGUACCAUGGUACCAUGGUCACCUCUUCGAAAUCGAAUGCAUUGAAUUAAUUAUAUUUUACCUACUGACAACUGUGGUAUAAAUAAAACGCAGUAACCAUUAUUACAUUUCUCAUUUGUGAAAAUAAAAGUAUGCAAGCC